AUGUGUCCCGGCCUCCGCACCGCCACCGCCGCCAUGCCCGCCGCCAGGCAGGAGCAGCAGCAGCAGCAGCAGCCGUCCUCCUACCUGCUCGAGCUGGCCGCCGACGACGACCUCCAGGCCUUCCGCCGGGCCGUGCAGGACGACAACCUCUCUUUGGUGGCUUCAUCCCCCUGGUACGGCCCCUCCCCCAGGGCCAACAACGCCCUCGCCCUCCACCUCCGCACGCCCGCCAUGGUCGCCGCGCUCUACGGCAGCACCCACGUCCUCUCCUACGUCCUCUCCAUCGCCCCCUCCGAGGCCGCCCGCGCCUCCGCCACCGACGGCGCCACCCCGCUCCUCCUCGCCGCCCAAGGCCGCGCCCCCUCCGCCCCCGCCGCCGCCCGCCUCCUCCUCGCCGCCGGCGCCUCCCCCUCCCCCUCAACCUCAACUCUCCUCCCCCACCACCGCCCCACCAGCCCCACCAAACAACCAUCCUCCCCGGAGAAAAAGAAAAAAGACUACACCCCCACAUCCUCCCCCACCACCCCGGCCGAGGACAUCAACGCCGGCGUCUUCGCCACCGACGAGUUCCGCAUGUACAGCUUCAAGGUGAACCCGUGCUCCCGCGCCUACACGCACGACUGGACCGAGUGCCCCUUCGCGCACCCGGGCGAGAACGCGCGCCGCCGCGACCCGCUCCGCCACGCCUACACCUGCGUCCCCUGCCCCGACUUCCGCCGCGACCCCGCCGCCUGCCGCAAGGGCGACGCCUGCGAGUUCGCGCACGGCGUCUUCGAGUCCUGGCUCCACCCCGCCCAGUACCGCACCAGGCUCUGCAAGGACGAGGUGGGAUGCCCAAGACGCAUCUGCUUCUUCGCGCACGGCGCCCGCCAGCUCCGCGCCGUCAACCCCUCCGCCGCAUCCAUGUCCUCGUCCGACUCCGGCACCUUCUCUUCGUCGGCUGCCUUCGCCUCCUCCUCCUCGUCGGCUGCCGGUUUCUCCUCCUCCUCGUCGCCCGCGCCAUCCAGGAGGCCCGCGCUCACGGCGUCGCUCAGCUCCCGGGAGCUGGACUACGACGUCGACCAGUACUACACCAGCAACCGCAGGAUGAUGGCGGCCAGGGCCACCUCGCCGCCGGGCUACUCCUCCGACCUCGUCGCCGCCUACGCACAGGCGCUCUCGUCCCUGCAGCUUCAGCAGCAGCAGCAGCAGGCGCGCAACACCAAGCCGCUCAACUCCCGCGCCGCGGCGUUCGCCAACCGGAGCCAGACCUUCGUGCACCGCUCCCCCGCUCCGGCUCCAUCCCCAGCCGCGCGCUCCUUCGCGUCCCCGUCUUCCGUGCUCGACAACUGGGGCUCGCCGGACGGGAAGCUCGACUGGGGCGUGCAGGUGCAGGUGCAGGCCGCCGAGCUGCGCAAGUCCACGUCUUUCGGGGUCGGCGGCAGGCCGCACGCGGCCGUCAGGCGGGACCAGGACAUGUACUCGUGGCUCAACGACGGCGGCGCCGACGUCCUCGCGGCGGCUCGCUGGUCGGACCUCGAGCAGAUGGUCGCCUGAAUUGAAUUUCUUCUUCUACCCAAAGAAUUACAUACACUGGUAGUAGUAUAACACGAGAGUUAUGUGGUUGAUCGUUUCUUUCUUUUUUUUUCAAUCGAAAAAAAUAUAAAUAUGAAAAUGUAACAUAGUAUGAUUCAUUCAUCUCCAAUUAUUUCUUGUGUAGAGGAGUGGACUGGAUUUCUUACUAAAAUCGUUCACUUUUGUUUGAGCUCAACUGGAUGGCAAUCUAGUCCACCAACUUAUACUAUACUCCAUCAAGUUACAAGUUGAAUGAUUGAGCAUUGUAAUCACGUAAACCUUUUGUAUUUAUACCAAUAAUAUAAAGAAAACAUAGAUAGAUACAUA